UCCAAGUCAAAACAUAAUCAUCGUUAGAAUGCAACAACAUCCCAAACAGCACCAAAUGAACUACAACAAAUCUUCGUGUGGACGUACACGUGACUGUUCGGAAAACUUCGCUAGCCGUGAAUAUCACGAAACCACUCACGAAAUCCGGUGAACGUUUUGUUUCGUCAUUCCUAGUUACAUUUUCACCGCAUACGGUUCUGCGUGGAAGAUUUUCCCGGUCGCCAUUUUUGUGUAAAGUGCUGAAUUUUCAUCCGCUCAAAUGGAAACCUACAAGAAGGAUGGAUUCUUCCAAAAGUAUUGCGAAAAUAUGCGCAAAAACAUCGGCCAGAACGAGUUCAACGAUUUUGCCCAACUAGAAAGCGACGAGAAGCGUUUCGAGUUUAUAAAUGCACUGAAAUCGAUCGUCACCGAGUUGAAGCUGGCACGUGAGUUUAAGGGAAAAAAUCUGGAGCGAUCGUUGGAAUUCAAGAAUCUCGGUAAUAAGGCCUUCCAAAAGGAAAGCUGGACCGAAGCUUUGGCUCAUUACAAUUUAUGUUAUCUAGCAACGCCGGAAGGCAAUGAAGCGGAAAGAGCGAUCAUACUGGCGAAUAGAUCUGCAGCUCUCUAUCAUUUGGAAAAGUACGAUCAAGCUUUGAAAGACAUUCAACGAGCAAUCGAUCACAACUACCCGAAGGAUCUUAUGUACAAACUUACGGAACGCAAAGCUAGGUGUUAUCUGGGCAAGAAGGACCAUGUCAAAGCUUUGCAGUGUUUCAAAGACACUCUCCCGGCAUUGGACGAAUGCAAACUUCCACUGGAACGUCGACAGAAGCUGGAGCGAGAUGCCCAAAUUAUGAUCAAACUGCUCCCGAAGAACAUCGAAGCCGAAGCAAAGCUGGCAAAGAGUAAGAAGGCAACCGCAGCUCCCAAAAACCCGCCACAUCCCGAUCACUACGUCGAGAAAGGACUGUACUUUGAUUACAGUCAAGACGAGGGCCGCUUCGCCAAGACCAAUACGGACCUCAAGCCCAAUACGAUAAUCCUGCUGGAGAAGCCUCACGUUUCCGUACUGCUGGAAGAAUACAGUUUGUCUCACUGCAGCACGUGCUUCAAGCGUGUAACGAUACCAGUCUGUUGUCCAAAAUGCUCCGAUGUCAUAUUUUGUUCUGAAGCGUGCGAGAAGAAGGCGAAUUCCAGCUAUCAUCGGUAUGAAUGUGGGUUCUUGCCGAUUUUCUGGAAGUCAGGAGCAUCGAUUACUUGCCACAUGGCUCUGAGGAUGAUCACACAAAAGACUGAGGAGUAUUUCGUGGGUCUGCGCUAUGAACUUGAUGGUUUGACUAGCGAAGUUACCGACAAAUUGAACAACGAUGAUUAUAGAAAAGUGUACAAACUAGUGACUCAUGAAGAUAAGCGAUCACCUGAAGAUUACUUCCAGCGAACCCUGAUGGCAACAUUGCUGAACGCUUGUCUAUCGCUCGGAGGUUACUAUAAAUCUAAAGAAUCAGAAAGCUUCAUUGGAGGACUACUGUUGCAUAACUUGCAAUUUCUGCAAUACAACGCUCACGAAAUCUCCGAACUUCAGCGCGAGAAUGAACGUGAUAUCGGAAAAUCAACGUUCAUCGGUGGUGGUCUUUACCCAACGCUGGCCUUGUUCAAUCACUCCUGUGAGCCCGGUGUAACCCGUUACUAUCGAGGCAACUCGGUAUGUGUUCGAACCGUAAAAGGAAUCCCAGCUGGAUCGAUGGUUGCGGAAAAUUACGGACCCCUGUUUACUCAAGUGUCCCGUGAAGAACGCCGCAGUACGCUUUUGAACCAGUAUAAGUUCACGUGCAAUUGUCGAGCAUGUGCGGGAGAUUGGCUCAAAUUUGCCGACAUGGAUUCCAAUGUGUUGCGCUUCAAAUGCGACGGAGGCAAGAACUGCUCCAACGUUCUGGAAAUUCCCGCCGAGAUCAACGAGUUCAUGGUACAGUGCACUGAGUGUGGCGAACACACGAACAUCAUGAAGGGACUCAAAUCGUUACAGGAUACGGAUAUGCUCUUCAAAUCGGCCACUAAAUUACACGAAGCCGGCGAAUAUGAAUUCGCGCUCAAGAAAUACGUGGAAAUGAUGAAUACAUUGGAUGAAGUUUUAGUGCCGCCAUAUCGAGAUUACCAUUUGUGCCAGCAGGGGUUGCGAUCUUGUAUGCUGGAAUUCGGAAACCGUUUCAUUAGAAUGGUUAGUAAGAAGUAAAUGUUUUCUCUUGUAAUUGUUUGAAUAAAAAAUAGACGUUAAAAUUUU